AUGGAAUCUAUGUCUCUUAGAGCUACUCCAAGGACUCCCAUGACUCCGAGAACCCCGAGAAGUUCUAAAAAACACAGUAAAUAUGAAAUCGACAACAUACCGAGCCAAAGAUUUAAAAUUGGUUAUCAGAAAGUGACGUUGGACAUUGACCUAGAAUCUAACUCAAUUAUAGGAGAGACCGAGAUAACGGUUUUACCACUUGAUUCACAUUUGAAGCAGGUGAAAUUAGAUUGCAGGGGUAUUCAAAUUAAGUCGAUUAUUGUAAAUCAAAGGCGUGCACAUUUUUCAUACGACGACUUUCUUCAAAACAUAGAGUACAUGAACGACGAAGAAAAUAUGGUUUUAAAAGACUACAAAUAUGAUCCAUAUUUUGAUUCUCAUAGUAAAAGUAUCGGUAUUGAGCAACAUGAGAUGCUAAGAGCCAAAUUUUUCCCUCUUUUUUCUGACCAAAAUGAACCUGACGAUCCAGGUUCAUCAUUCAGCAAGUGUACUUCAGAAUUAACAAUUAGGAUUCCAGAGAGUAUUAAACUUAGGCUACAAAACGCGAAUAAAAUCACUAUAUCUCCAGCCGGAUCCAUAAGGCCAAAUGAGACACCUACAACCGCAAGUUCAUUUUUGAAUUCUGAUAAAGCGUAUACACCUUUGAAUAUAAAGAUAAAUUACAUCGUAAAAAACAGCAAAAAUGGUGUUCAAUUUUAUGGUGGGAAACACACUACUAUACCCAGAGACAAAUGGUAUUGCUUCACUCUAAAUAACGAUAUUGGAUGCAGUACCAGCUCUUGGGUACCUUGUAUUGAUAAUUUUUAUGAAAAGCCCGCAUGGGAUGUAAAUAUUGUUGUGCCAAAGACAGUAGGAAAUAUAGGAACCUCAAUGUUGAUUGGAACCAAAGAAGCCACCAAGGCCUUACAAAAAAUGGCUGCUCAAAAUAUGAUGCUAGCAGAUUCCGAAAAUAAAAUCACAGGCUCAAAGGACCAAAAAUCAGAAACAGGAGAUGAUGGUGACGAAGAUGAAGAUGAAAGUUCUGAUAAGAUGGAAGACAUACCAAUAACAGUUGUAGUACCGGAACUUGUCAGUUCGAGAGAAGGUCCCCACCCAAUGGAUGUUGCAAAGAAGUUGGUUAACUUUCAGUUCUACAACCCGGUCUGCGCCCACCAUUUAGGGUUUGCUGUGGGAUGUUUUGAAAAGACCCCGAUGGUGGAUGUUAAACCUGGGACAAACGAUUUUAAUGUUCAUCAACAAAUGAUAAAACAGGACUACGCAGACUCACCCAUAGAAGUCAGUUUGGACGCCAGUAAUUCAAAUAAAGUCCCUUGUUUACUAUAUUAUCACCCUGGGAGAAAAGAGGAAGUUUUAAAUUCCACUAUAUUUCUCUAUAAAGUUUUUGAUUAUUAUUCAAAGGAAUUCAGUUCGUUUCCUUUUACGAGUUUUAGUUUACUCUUUAUUGAUCAUUUGCCUGCUGAAACAUGUUCAUUUGCAGGAAUGACAAUUGCAUCAUCUCAUCUGUUGUAUGGACCAAAACAUAUAGAACCAAUCUUUGACACAACUGAGAAAUUAUGUGUUGCAUUGGCAGAGCAAUAUUCUGGUGUCCACGUGUUACCAAAAACGCUAAAUGAUAUAUGGUGCACAAUUGGCAUAGCUAGGUAUAUGUCUUACCAGUUCAUGAAAAAGCUGUUUGGUACAAACCAUUACAAGUUUCUUUUUGAGAAACGAUGCGAACUAUUAUGUGACAUAGAUAUAGGGAAAAGGCCGCUUGCAAAUCAACUGUUCAGAUUUCCUAUUAAUGUAGAUCAGGAUUUAAAUUUUAUUAAUUUGAAAGCACCAUUAGUCCUUUCAAUAUUGGAUAGGAGGAUCACGAAAACCGAUAAGUUAUUUGGUUUAUCCAGAGUCAUACCGAAGAUAUUUUUACAAGCAAUGUCCAAUGAUUUGGUUAACGGUAAUAACCUAUCUACUUCCCAUUUCCAACGGGUUUGUGAAAAGGUUGCACAUCAUAAGUUAGAAGCAUUUUUCCAAAAUUGGGUUUAUGGGAACGGAACUCCUAUAUUCAGAAUCACUCAGAAAUUUAAUAAAAAAAGAGUGUUUAUUGAAAUGACCAUUCGUCAAAUGCAAGCAUCUAGUUUGAAUAAUGAUGAGGAUAAUAUGGCUAACAAAGAUUUGGUCAGGAAAGAUCAGACUCUUAACUUUGUCGAUCAGGCAAAUACAUUUCUAAUUGACCAUCAAAAUUUGAAAGUCCAACCGGCAUUUUUUGGCCCCGUCAAUAUUAGGAUACAUGAAGUCGAUGGUUCUCCAUAUGAGCACAUAUUUUCUAUCAACGACUCUCUGGUUAAAUUUGAUAUACAGUAUAACACCAAAUAUAGACGGAAAAAGAAGGAAAAGAAGGAGGAAGAAGAACUCGAUGAAAGAGAUGAUAAGGAGAAAGAAAUUAGAAGGAAAGACAAAAACGAUGAACCUGUUAUUAAUACUCUUGGUGAUGUGCUUACGACAGCUGAAGAAACUAGGAACUGGGAUUUAAAGGAGGAUGAUAAUGAUGCUGGAAUUCAAACGGGCAUAACCGAAGAAGAUAAAGGAGACGCAUUUGAGUGGUUGAGGUUUGAUGCAGAUAAAGAAUGGAUCUGUAAAUAUACUAUCAACUUGGCCGAUGAGAAAUUUGAAGCGCAGCUGAAGCAAGAUAGGGACGUAGAGGCGCAAUAUGAGGCAAUUAGGCAUUUUGCCACAGUAAACAGGCCAGGCUUAUUUCAUGCCAGAGUUUUAUUGAGAACAUUGAUUGAUGCUCGAUAUUAUUAUGGUAUUAGGGUUGAGGCAGCUAAAGCUUUAGCAAAAAUCUCCUCGGAAGAAAAUGAUCAUAUUGGAAUGAGAUUCCUGCUAAAAGCUUAUAAGCACUUAUAUUGCUAUGAUAAUAAAAUAGUUAAGGGAUAUUCUGAACUAGAUGCUCAUGAAUAUUUGCCAAGACCCACUGAUUUUUCUGAUUUUUCAAACUUGUAUGUUUCACAAGCCAUCUUGGAAUCCUUAUCUAAAGUUAAAAAUAAAAGUGGUGAUGCUCCCAUUGAGUUGAAGAAAAUCAUGCUUAAUAUUUUCAAGUACAUAGAUGGUAGUACCAACCAAUUUGAUGACACUUUAUUUCACUGUUCUCUUGUUGAAUCAUUGGGCAAUCUAAUUAUUGCUUCCAAUAAAGAAAUUCCAUCUUUGGAUUUGGACUUGCAAUUUGAUAUUGCAUCAACGCCGGGAGAUAUUUGUGAUCAGUUUAACUCUUCCGCAAUCCAGGAACUAAACCGUUACCAAAAAAUGGAUGAAUGGUCUCCUUCCUACAAUAACUUGAUCACGUUAACUGUUAUCAAGCAGAAAAUUAGAUUGGUUACUGCAGGAUUAGCCAGAAUGUCAUUUAUGGAUGUAAUAAAGUAUACAACCAGUAAAUACAACGAUGACAUCAGACUUUUUGCCUUCAAAUCUCUUCUACUUUUGGGAGGUUUCAAAAAUAGAAACAUUUUGCAUUAUUUUUUCAGCACAAUGAAACUAGAUAAUUCACCUGGUUUUAGAUAUAACUUAAACAAAACUUUGGUUGAAUGUGUAGGUAUAGCUGCUUACACAUCUUUGCCUUCUCUCCUAGCUGAUGAGGAGUUUUUAGUUACACCUGAAGUGAACUCCUUGAAGAGCAACCGUUUCAUACAAAUUGAACAUUCUAUUUCGAGACUCUCUUCUCACUCCCGUGCGGAUGAAAUUGCCAGGAAAUCUAUUCAGUCAUCAAUUGAGAUGAUCAGAAACGAUUUAGGUGUAGGUAAGGGUCUACGAAAAGAGUUAUGGGAUACUGCUUAUUCAUGUUUAGUACCUAUAAAUACAAGAAGAAAUGUUUUGGAUAUCAUGAUGGUCUUAUAUGAAGCCAAAGACUCUUUCAUGAUUAGCACAAACUUACCCAGCGAUAAGCAUAUUGUUUGCAAGGUUAAGAAUAAGUCUACCGAUUCAUUAGAUCCAUCAAGUUUGUCAUAUGUUAUAGCUCUAAAACGUGAACCUAGGUUUAAAAUACAACUCCCGAUAUUGAAGCUUGUGGGAAAGGGAGACCCUAAGAAAGAAGUAGAGAUGGAUGACGUCGUUUCUAAUACAGAAAACGAGGGUUUGCUAAUGUCGGCGCCUAUUUUGACUCUAUCUCCAAAAAAACCAAGAAAGAAAAGGGCUGGAUCUGUUACCUAUGAAAAUAAUGGUAAUCAGUUUAAUGUUAGAAUCAGAUUUCAUAAAAAAAACCAGCGUAAUUACAAACGUCUUGAAAAUCCUCGGAUUAUCAGCCAUGAUCCUAGUUUACCUUUAAGGUAUGUUCGGUUCAAUCUGCGAACGAACACUGUUUGCGUUUCUACAAACGAAGAAUUUGAUUCUUUACUCAAACAAGAGACGUUUAAUGUCAAUAUAAGAAUAAAUUCAGAAAAAUGGAGAUCAUAUCUGAAAAAGAUAGACUCAGAACGGUCUAUAGGUAUAACUGAAAUUAAAACGAAAGGGGGUGCUGAUUCUGAAUUAACCAAUCUUGUUUCUUUUGGGGCGCACUCGUCGGAAGAUUCCAAGUCCUGCAGCGAUACUCAGGGAAAACUUGCCACUGCUAAAAGGGAUUCAAAUGAAGUAGAUAGAUCCGAACACACACAUUGGGAACAAGUAAAUCUAAAGAAUCAAGACGGAGCAAGUACCACUGAAGAAAAUUUCGGAACUCCUGUUAAACUGAAGCUUUCUCUGAAACCAAAUUCAGAAGGAAGGGCUUUUGACCAUAGUCAUGAACAAGCAACGAGUAAUUUUGCUUCUACCUCUUCUGAGAAUACGACAGUGGUGAGUGGAUCGAGAAAAAAAUCACAAAACUCAAAUACUGUUUCUCCAAAGAAGAAGCAGAUUCCUAAAAUUAAGCUGAAGUUGAAGUAA